CUGAUUUCUUUCCAAUUCGGUCGUCCCCCUGAAGCUCAUGUGUCUGCACUGACUUGUUGCUGCCGUUCGUGAUCGUCGCUCCUCCUGCUCUCGACAACAAUGGCUGGGCCUAUGCUCUCUCGUCCCUUGUUGGGAAUGAUGGUUCUGUUCGUGAUAUGCCUGGCGAUUGUGCCGAGCUCCACCGCCAUGCGCUUCGGCGCUGCAACUACAAAUGCUUCUGGCUGCGAUGUGGGCUGGACGGUUAUCGGCCAGAGUUGUUUCAUGCCGCUCACCUUCGACCGCGGACUGACCUUCUUUCAAGCGCGUUACCGCUGUCUUCUUCAGAAUGCGGAACUGGCGGAGAUUACAAACAGAAGGUUGCAUCGCCAGCUUACCGGAAUGAUUGGAGAUACGGACAGCUGGAUCGGUCUUACUGACGUACUCCGUCAAGGUGUCCACAAAUAUGGUCCCCAGUGGCUCUACAGCAAAAGCUCUCUGCUGGGAGCAAGAUACCAGCCGCUCAUCGGAAUCGGCUUCUACCUGCAAUGGACUGGUCAACAGUGCUUCUACCUGAACAGGCACGGGCUCGUGAUCGCUCGACCAGGCUUCCAUAACUACAGGGGCGCCAUCUGCCAGAAGCGCAGAAGAGAUGUAGGCGUCCGCUGCCCAAAAUGCAAUGUGGAGCAGGGCAGUCCCAAAGAAACGCGCCUGGUUCAACGGGCUCUCUGCAACGACUUAGCUGUUCAGGCCAAGGUGGAAAACGAGACAAGCACUCACUACUUUCUGGACGUCCAGGCCAUCUGCUCCAACAGCUCCGCCGCCUACGAAUCCCUCUCGCGCGAUUACCGCAUACGGCCGCAAGCAGCCUCCAGGUGCACUCCGGUGGAGAGGAGACCGAAAUCGAAGCUGCUCGCCGUGCAGAAAUCACUGUCGAGCCCAAUGAGAGCCCGCUGUCCGCAGCCCUGCGGUGCCAUGCUGCAGGUCGGCGGCAGGUACCUGGUUUCCGGCACGGUGCACCGUACCACCAAGGAGUUUGCCCUUUACUCCAGCGGGGCGCUGCGCUGGCCUAGGGCUAGGAGUAUCGUCGACAGCACCACCUCCACAAACACCGCAUGCUGACGAUAGACGCCGGCAAGAGCUAGGCGCUCAUCAAGCUCUGCACUUUCAGAACAUUUAUCCAGGGAAAGUUAGUCCGCUGGGAAGCUAUUAAGCGCGCAGAGCGCGUAAUUCCAUUCUAGUUUUUAGUUUAUUUUAGCCUUGUUUUUGUUCUUUUGGACAUUUGCACACUAUCCUUGAUUUGCUCCGAAGUUUGCUAAUUAACUUAGCUUGAUAGUACCUGUACAAGGCAUGUUUACACAUGGAAUUUUUCUGUGUGAGCUUGAGGAACACAUCCAAUUGAAGCGCUGUAUGAGAAAUUGCCCUGUAGCGAUGCUCUUGGUACAAAGUACAAGUUUUAAAGCAAUCCGAAUAUCCAGGUGUUUGGGCUUUUAGUUGAUGGUAUUUUUACAAAUAUGUAAAUUCUA